AUGUUUCCCAAAAGAUUGAUUCUGUUGGCCUGCUCCUGGACUCUCCUGCAGAGUGUUCUGGCUGUCCCGGAUGAGGCGCUAGAGCAGCCCAGUGUUGAGGGUCGUCGUCGAGAAGAGCGGGACUUUGGCUUACAGGAACGACACAACCACCCUGAACUUCAGAGCUCGCUGCUUUCUGUCUUGACCGAGGAGUUAGCUUCGACACAUGGCCCGAAGCCCCAGACCACGCCGGGAGGAGGAGGUGGUGAAACAGUGCCUGGUGGAGGCGGUGGUACUACAGUCACAGUCCCCGGCGGAGGUGGCGGAACAGUGCCUGGAGGAGGUGGUGGUACAGUGCCUGGCGGAGGUGGUGGUACUACAGCCACAGUCCCCGGUGGAGGCGGUGGUACUACAGUCACAGUCCCCGGCGGAGGUGGCGGAACAGUACCUGGCGGAGGCGGUGGUACUACAGUCCCCGGUGGAGGAGGUGGAACAGUCCCUGGCGGUGGUGAAACGGUUCCCGGCGGUGGUACCACAGUCCCUGGCGGUGGAGGUGAGCAAACUACUACCUUACUUUCUGAAAGCAAUCUUCUUACUCUCCCUGGUACUCAAGGCGGCACUUCACCCACUGGCGGCUUAGGUACGACUGGUACCCCAACUGGCGGCGUUCCUACGACAGGUGGUGUCCCUUCGACGAGCGUUGUUCCUCCAACUGGUGGUGGCAGUGUUAGCUCGACAACCGAACCUGCUCCCCCAACUGGCACCCAUGUUAGUCCUUCCCCAAGCGAGAGCGUCGGGCCAUCGCCCAGCGGUCCCGCUUCCUCCCCAAGCGAAACCACUCAGCCAUCUCCUAGUGGCACCCCCCAGACAUCCCCCCCUGAAGUAGUUACUACAACUACUAACACUGCUCAGCCUCCCCCCUCAACUAGUGAGCAACCAAGUACCAGCCACACAUCUCCCACUGGCCCUGGUGUAUCUCCUUCCCCGUCUCCCACCGGACCACCGGUUUGUCCUCUCCCUGCUACAUCGGCUUGUCCUCCCCCUGUCACAUCGGUUUGUCCUCCUCCUUCCACAUCUAAGGAGACCACUGUCGUCCCGGUGACGGUAACGUGCCCUGCCGUUGUAGUGAGCACUGCCACCGUCACUGUCACAUCUGGUGGGGGCUUAGGCCCGGCAACAGAGUGCUGUCCUUGCCCAACUGGAGGUGGCGGAGUCUCCCCAAGUGGCAGUGCGACAGCCCCAGGAACUACACCUGGCGGAGUAGUCCCAGGUGGUAGUGCAACAGCCUCGGAGAGCACGCCUGGCGGAGUCGUCCCAAGUGGUAGUGCGACAGCCUCAGAGGGCACCGGAGUCCACCCAAGUGGCACCGCGACAGCCUCAGCGAGCAGCUCUGUUGGAGUGCCCCCAAGUGUCACCGCGACAGCUCCAGGGGGAACCUCUAGCGUAGUCCACCCAAGUGGUAGUAGCGUGACAGCCUCAUCUACCAGAACCCAAACUCACACCUCAACACAAACUCUGACCCAGACCCGAACAUCCACGCCCCUCAUACCAAGCAGCCCUAGGACGCGUACACUCACAGGCUCGCCCACCACACCAGCUACCCUCGUGACUUUGCCUACAACAUCACCUGCGCAUGUAUCCCCCUCGACGCCGGGCAUGCGGGUCACUCCACGAGCAAUUAUCAACCCCGAUGUGGUUCGCCGACAGAUGUUUACCAACACGUCAGCAACAGCCCUAUUCACUAACUCGACUGUUAUCUCGAAUGUCACGACCAGUGCAGUGAAUCUCACGCGUGUUGUGACUGAAACUGCCACCGAGCCUGCGCCUGCGUCUGCUUUCCUGCCUCGAUUUCAUCGUGGACGCAAUCGGGGUUAG